AUGCUGAAGUCAACGAUCGUGGAUGCUCGGGUGCGCCUUGUGCCGUCGAAGAAGCUGCUGGAUUUUCUGGAUGCCCAAAAGGAACAUUUCCAGGAGGUGCCCGAAAAUGUGGCCAAGAUUAUGAAGCAAAAAGGCCACACACUGCCUAUCCGCACUAAGAUAAUCAAGGAUUCCGGCUUGGUCUACAAACGUCCAAAAAUCGAUUACGAUCUGCUGAAAAAACUUACUGAAAAUCUACCCGACACACCCAAAGAAUCCGCUAAGGGUCAACCGGAACCAGAUGCAGAGGUCAAGGAUAGUGAUGAUAAAGAGUCACCAAAGCAGGUGAAACAUUUCUUGUACCUAAACGACCUGCACUGGCUCUCAAAAACGCUGGCUGAACUGCGCCGUCAGGAUCACUGCCAAGUCUUUCUGCACCAACUGAUUGAGUCCUGCGAUCUGCUCCUGCCCGAGAACGAAAUGAAGCCGCGCAAUCCUGAGUUGGAAGCUCGCUGUCAACGUCUUCGCGCAGAGCAGCACAAUCGGGAUUACCUCAAAAUGACCAAGAAUGUGGAUGCCGGAUUAAAACACUACCCAGAGGACACAAUCAGCUAUCAGAUUAAGAGCCUUAAUAAGCAAAUCAUUGCCGUGGUGCAGUUCAUCUUCUCUGUGGCCGCUGGCUUCACGUUCGGCUUCUUUGGCGUCAAUUUGAUGGUGGGUCCGCUGCCUUUCGGCUUUCGCAUCUUGCUGGGCGUGAUUGUGGCGCUCAUCAUAGCCCUUGCUGAGAUGUACUUCCUGGCCAAGAAGCUGCACGAGUACGACGAGGUUUUGGACGCUCCCAAACGUAAGCCGCAGACAACGACGCCGACAAAGCGCAAGGGGGUCAGCACUCCGCCCGCCGAGGGAAGUCAAGUCCAGACGUUGAAACCCCAUGCUGACUAGAUAGCUCGGGACUCAAAAUCGUUCUUUGUCGUUGUAUUAUUUCGCUUUGCAAUGUUAGGUUAUAUAAAUA